CUCUGGCCUGUAAGACCCUCGCAGCGGCACGGUUCUCCUCUGCUGCCCGCCGCCUGCCGCCAUGGACGUGUACCCCCCGCACCGGCUGGGGUUGCCCCGCGCGUGGUCUCCUGGCGGUCCCGGCCGCGGGUCGCACUCCGUCAGCUGUAGCCGACUCCGCCAGGUUCAGAGUAUCCUGACCCAGAGCAGUAAGUCUAGACCGGACGGGAUCCUCUGCAUUCUAGGAAUUGAUAGCAGGUACAAUGAAGGCUGCAGAGAGCUUGCAAAUUAUCUUCUGUUUGGUUUGUACAAUCAGAAUACCAGUGAUUUUGAGAAAACGGGGUUUUCUGAAGAAGUUCUAGAUGAUAUAAUUAUAUUGAUUAAAUCAGACAGUGUACAUCUGUACUGUAAUCCUGUAAACUAUCACUAUCUCUUACCCUGUGUGGCACAUUGGAGAAAUCUGCAUUUCCACUGCAUGACCGAAAAUGAGUAUGAAGAUGAGGAAGCUGCAGAAGAAUUUAAAAUUUCCAGCUUUGUGGACAUGGUUCGAGACUGUAGUAGAAUUGGCAUUCCUUAUAGCUCCCAAGGUCACUUGCAGAUAUUUGAUAUGUUUGUAGUGGAGAAAUGGCCAAUUGUACAGGCCUUUGCACUUGAGGGUAUUGGAGGAGAUGGAUUUUUUACCAUGAAAUAUGAGUUGCAGGAUGUGAGUCUGAAUCUAUGGAAUGUCUACAGCAAAAUGGAUCCUAUGUCUCUGGAGAGUUUGCUUUCAGAAGAGUUGGUGGCUUUUGAACAUCAGUGGGCUAGCUUCUUUGCUAAUUUUGACACAGAAAUUCCUUUCCUGCUGGAACUUUCUGAAUCUCAGGCGGGUGAGCCAUUCAGAAGUUACUUUAGUCAUGGAAUGAUCUCCAGCCAUAUAACUGAAAACAGCCCUAAUAGACAACCAUUUGUUCUCUUCGGUAAUCACUCCACUCGAGAAAACUUGAAUGCUGGCAGCUUUAACUUCCCCUCUGAAGGGCACCUGGUACGCAACACUGGUCCCAGUGGGAGCUUUGCCAAACACAUGGUAGUACAGUGCAUCUCACCAAAGGGACCCCUUGCUUGUUCAAGAACGUACUUUUUUGGAGCUACUCACAUUCCUUACUUGGGUGAGGACAGCAAGCUGCCUAAGAAAACUGAACAAAUUAGGCUCUUGUCCCAGGUAUAUGCUGCUGUGAUUGAGGCUGUUUUGGCUGGCAUUGCAUGUUAUGCUAAAACUUCCAGUCUAACAAAGGCCAAGGAGGUAGCUGAACAGACCAUGGGAUCUGAGUUAGAUUCCUUUGAGUUGGUGCAGUUUAAGGCAGCCCUACGCUCUAAGAUGACUUUUCAUAUACAUGCUGUGAAUAAUCAGGGAAGAAUCGUGCCUCUGGACAGUGAAGAUAGCUUAUACUUUGUGAAGACGGCUUGUAUGACUGUCUAUGACAUUCCUGACUUGCUGGGCGGAAGGGGAAGCUUAGGGUCUGUGGUCUUCUCAGAAUCAUUUUUGACAUCUCAGAUCUUGGUUAAAGAAAAUGAUGGCACUGUGAACACAGAAACCAGCUCCAUAGUCCUGACCGCAGCCAUUCCCCGAUUCUGCUCCUGGCUGGUAGAAGAUAAUGAAGUAAAAUUGUCUGAGAAAACCCAGCGAGCAGUGAAGGAGGAUGAUUGUUUCCUGGGCACUUUUCUAACAGGAGGAGAAGGAGCAUAUCUUUAUUCCAGCAAUGUAGAAUCCUGGCCUGAGGAAGGGAAAGUAUAUUUCUUCUCUAGAGGCCUUCUGUUUUCUCACCGUCAUCAUGGAAGUAUUAUCAUUUCCAAGGAUCACGUGAAUUCCGUUUCAUUCUAUGAUGGGGAUUCCACCAGUGUUGUUGCUGCCCUUCUGAUAGAUUUUAGAAGCUCAUUACUUCCUCAUCUUCCAGUUCAUUUCCAUGGUUCAAGCAAUUUUCUGAUGAUUGCCCUUUUCCCCAGAUCAAAGAUAUACCAAGCAUUUUACUCAGAGGUCUUCUCCCUCUGGCAACAGCAGGCUAACUCAGGGCUGUCUUUAAAAGUGAUCCAGGAAGAUGGAUUAUCUGUGGAACAAAAGAGAUUACACUCCAGUGCACAGAAGCUCUUCAAUGUCCUGAGCCAUUCUGCUGGGGAGAAACGAAGUCCUCUAAAGCUACUCUCAGCCAAACUCCCAGAGCUGGACUGGUUUCUCCGGCAUUUUGCCAUCAGCAGCAUUAGUCGGGAGCCUGUGAUGAGGACCCAUCUCCCUGUCCUGCUCCAGCAAACUGAAAUCAGCCCUACUGACCAAGUAGAAAAUGACAAGGUGGUUAUCAGCAUUGUAACUGGUCUUCCGGGAUGCCAUGCUAGUGAGCUCUGUGCUUUUCUGGUUACUCUGCAUAAAGAAUAUGGCAGGUGGAUGGUGUAUCGCCAGAUCAUGGACGGCUCUGAGUGUUUUCAUGCUGCCCACUUCCAGAAGUACCUUUCCAGUGCCCUGGAAGCCCAGCGGAAUCUCUCUGCCCGCCAGUCAGCCUACAUCCGCAAGAAGACCAGGCUGCUGGUGGUGUUACAAGGCUACACAGACAUUAUUGAUGUUGUCCAAGCCCUGCAGACCCAUCCAGACUCAAAUGUCAGGUCGUCCUUCAUCAUUGGUGCCAUCACCGUGUGUGUGGAGCCCCUGAGCUGCUACAUGGAGCACAGAUUUCUCUUUCCGAAAUGUCUUGACCAGUGUUCACAAGGCCUGGUGAGUAAUGUGGUGUUUACCAGUCAUACCACGGAGCAGAGGCACCCUCUCCUUGUUCAGCUGCAAAGCCUCAUCAGGGCUGCCAAUCCUACCGCAGCCUUCAUUCUUGCAGAAAAUGGGAUUGUUACCAGGAAUGAAGACAUUGAGCUGAUUCUGUCAGAAAACAGUUUUUCAACUCCUCAGAUGCUACGAUCUCGAUAUUUAAUGUACCCUGGCUGGAAUGAAGGUAAAUUUGAUACUGGAUCAGUCUUUCCACUAAUGGUUCAGAUCUGUGUAUGGUUUGGUCGUCCCUUGGAGAAGACUCGCUUUGUGGCCAAAUGUAAAGCAAUUCAGUCCUCCAUGAAGCCAAGUCCCUUCUCUGGAAACAUCUACCACAUCCUGGGCAAAGUGAAGUUUUCAGACUCUGAGAAGACCAUGGAGGUCUGCCACAACACUCUGGCCAAUUCCUUGAGCAUCGUACCAGUUUUAGAGGGACCCACACCACCACCCAACUCCCGAGGCACACCUCAAGACAGCAGCGGGCAGCAGGAGUGCUACCUUGUGUUCAUCGGCUGCUCCCUGAAGGAAGAUAGCGUCAAGGACUGGCUGCGGCAGUCUGCCAAGCAGAAGCCUCAGAGGAAAGCCCUGAAGACCAGGGGGAUGCUGACCCAGCAGGAGAUCAAGAACAUCCAUGUGAAACGCCACCUGGACCCCCUACCUGCAGGCUAUUUUUAUAAUGGCACCCAGUUUGUCAAUUUCUUUGGUGACAAGACGGAUUUUCACCCACUCAUGGACCAGUUCAUGAAUGACUACGUGGAAGAAGCUAACCGGGAAAUUGAGAAGUAUAACCGUGAGCUGGAGCAGCAGGAAUAUCAUGAUCUCUUCGAGCAGAAGCCUUAGAGGAAGGCUGCAGAAUGUCCACUCUGGAAAUGGACAAAACUGGGUGUCUUAGCCUUGGUUCCUCUGGAGGCCCCUCCCUGCAGGGGCUGUAUUUGUUCUCUUUGGCCUUUGUGUGCUGGCCUGAGUGCAUGUUGUCUUUAUUCUCUCUACAGCGCUGAAGAGCAUCACCUGCACCACUGAUUGGGGGGGAGGGGGGCCUCAUGGAACAUGAGCAGACAGGUACUGCACUGUGUGUGUGGCUGGCAGUCCAGGACCUCUAGGUCUCUGAUAACAGUAUCUCCUUUGGGCUGUUGAGCCACUGUGCUAGGGUGGGGGGAAGCAUUUGGAUUGCACAGAGUAGCUGCUAGGAUGCAGAAGGAACCCUAGCUACCCAAACUGGAGCCACCCUUGGGGAGGGCCAGGCCACCAAAGAUCUCAGGCCUCAAGCUGCUACCCCAGAAGAGCCCUGUCCUUGCCGGUCAGGCCCCUUGCAUUAAAGGAGCUGGCACUGCUGGCCCUGGGCUCAGUCCUGGGGGAGCAGCACAAGCCUUGCCCCAGCCCAACCCACAGAGUCAGCUUGGGCUGAGAUCAAUAUCUUGUUCUACAAUGAGAGGAUUUUUCUUAUGGACUAAACUAGAAAGAUAUCCUGCUUUCCAGAAGUGUGUGGCUUUUGAACUGACACAAGCAGUUCCCCUUGGGAUUGGUUUUGAGUUCCCCUCGUGGUAUCACUCCAGUUUGCCUAAUUCAGGGACUAGAGCAAACCUGCUGCUGAAGGCUCCCUGGUGAUGCUUUGUCUCACUGUUGAGGGGAGCAUCCUGCAACUGCUUAGUCUUAAGCCCUGAUCACUUUUGGGGUAUCUUUGAAGGGGGUUCAGUCUCCAGCACCCAGCCCUCCCCUUAGUCUUGCCAGGGAAGUCCUAGUUUUCAGCCACAAACUUCAGGAAAUUUAUGCCCCCAAGCAUUGUUCCUGGCCCUGGAUGUUUUGGGCUCCUGAGGGCUAGGGAUUU